AAUAAGAGACGUGCAGUAGCACCGCCACCCUCAUCGUCACCUUUCUAAGCUACGACCUCCGACGCUAAGCUCUGACAGCGUCGAUCUCCACCCUUGCUCCUUCGUCGGUGCGCAUCCGCAGGCAUCGAUAGGGUUGAAAUCCAAUCAUUUUGGAAUGGUUCAAGGGUCCAUCGACUUGGCUUGUUCUUCUCCAUUAGCGCUGUUUCUCGUCAUCUGUUCUUCAUCAUCGACUCCAUCUUCUUCAUCCAGUUGCUUCAACAAUCGAUUCCUGAUUUCGAACUGCAACAAUCUAUUUUAGGGGUAAAAAAUCAAGAUUAGAAGGGAGACGCACAGCAAAGAGGAGAAGGCCUGCUCAUCGUCUUGUUUUCUAUUCCAUUACGCCUCCCAAAGCUUCUGCGCUGAUCCAUCCGGAAUUCGACAUCUAGAAUCUCAUCAAACUCACUAGCACAUCAACCGAGUGAUUGUUUGUGCUUCUUUUAUUGGAUUUCAAAAUGGAUUCUGCAAUUUCAUUGGAGGAAUCUAUACCAGAAAGCAUCCUUCAACCUUUCUUUUCUGCUACAAAUUCAUCAACACUAAACAAAGCUUUGGAGAAUCUAAUAGAAUUGGCUAGAACAAAAGAGGGUCGAUCUGAUCUUGCUUCCAAGAAUAUGCUCAACCCAACCCUUCAACUCUGUAAAUUACUAUCAUACCCUUCUUCAGGCAACACACUUUUAUUGGCUCUUAAACUCAUCAGAAACCUAUGUGCUGGAGAAUUACGAAAUCAGAAUUCAUUUAUCGAACAAAAUGGAGUUGAUAUUGUUUCGAAUAUAAUCAGUUGUAAGGAAAUUGUUAACGAUUCAAAUCAUGGGCUUAUUCGAAUGGGAUUACAAGUUGUAGCAAAUGUUUCAUUGGCUGGAGAGGAACAUCAACUUGUUAUAUGGAAUCAUAUUUAUACUUUGAAGUUUCUUGAGAUUGCAAAGAUUAGAAGAAAAGAAACCUGUGACCCUUUGUGUAUGAUCAUCUAUGCCUGUGUUGAAGAGAACCAUGAACUGCUUGACAAGUUGUGUUCGGAUCGUGUUUUGCCACUUCUUGUUGAAAUUAUAAGAACUGCAUCUGAAGUGGGGUUUGGAGAAGAUUGGGUGAAGCUAAUUCUUUCAAGAACAUGCAUUGAAGAAUCUUACUUCACACCCAUCUUCUCAAACUUACAAUAUCCUCAUCCUUCUAUUGAAACUACAAAUACCUUCACACAAGAGCAAUCCUUUUUGUUAAGCAUCCUAUCCGAAAUGAUAAACGAGCAACUCGAGCAUAUUACAUUAUCCAAGCUUUUCGCUUUAGAUAUUUUCAAGAUCCUAAAAACCAGUUUAGGUGUUGUUGAUUAUGCUUCACGCCCAAAAUCCGGUCUCCCAACCGGCUCAAAUGACAUGGAUGCCCUCGGAUACUCUCUCUGCAUAUUGAGAGACAUCUGUGCAUUUGACCCUCGCAACAAAGAGGGUCAUGUGGAUAUGUUGCUUUCAUUAGGGUUUAUCGAAACGUUUCUUGAUUUGCUUCGUGAACUUGAACCUCCUUCAAUAAUUAGGAAAACAAUGAAAGACGAUGAGAAUGAAGAAACGAAAACAAUCAAACAUUCGGGUAAAGUAUGCCCUUAUAAGGGAUUUCGUAGUGAUAUUGUUGCGGUUAUUGGGAAUUGUGCGUAUGGGAGGAAGCGUGUUCAAGAUGAGGUGAGGGAGAAGAAUGGGAUACUUUUGAUGUUGCAGCAUUGUGUCACGGAUGAUGAAAACCCGUUUUUGAGGGAGUGGGGUAUUUGGGGUGUGAGGAAUUUGUUGGAAGGGAAUGUAGAGAAUCAAAGGGUGGUUAGUGAGUUGGAAAUCCAAGGGUCGGUUAACUUACCCGAGUUGUCUAAUCUUGGGUUGCGGGUCGAUGUCGAUCAACUGACUCGACGUGCAAAGCUUGUAAACAUGGCUUGAAGCUCCUCCCUCUUACACAACAUUGUCUUUGUGUUUAUGUUUGUUGACUAUUUUCCUAGUGAUGUCUUUACAUUUUUUAUAAUUACAAAUGCAAAUGAGAAAAAUAUAUUGACAUACUAAA